CAUAGAAUUACAUUUUUUUUAAACAUUGACUAUUUGAAUCUAAAUAUUCCUGAAGAAUAUUGAAUUCUGAAAAGAAAUUCUUAAGAUGUAUAAUCUCCUAAAUUAAAUAAGAGUCAACAUGUUCAUCAAACACAAUAUAUGGGUAUAUGAGAUACUACCUAAGCGUUCAUGGACCUCUUUUUUUAAUUUACGGAGUAUAAAAGAAAAGAAAAAAAAAGGACCACCGCAAGUGGCGGACGGAACACCGCAAGCAGCUCAUCAAACCAGCCAUGCCGCCGUUAAGCACCAUAACCAUAGCCGCCGUCAAUCUCUUGGCGUUCCUGAGCUCCUUCAUCCUCACCGCCGCCGGACUUAUUGCGUCGUUGAACACGCGGUGCUUCCACGCGCUCCGGUGGCCAAUUGUCUUCGCCGGGAUGGCGGUCAUGCCCGUCUCCCUCGCCGGGCUUGUGGGCGCGUGGAGGGCGGUCGCCGGACUUCUCCGCUUCUACCUCGUCUCAUUAGCCGUACUCAUCGCCCUCGUCAUCUGUUUUGCACUCUUGUCUGGUUCUUGCAAGCCACCGACUAUGUGCGGGUACACCUACGUGAACCCGACAGUGUGGGAUAGCCCGACCAACGCCACAGCGGACCUAGAUUGCUAUGCUUGGAACAACAACCUCAAACGACUAUGCUACGAUUGCAAUUCAUGCAAGACUGGGUUUCUAGGGAUUCUAAGGAAAAUAUGGCGCAAAGCCAACUUGAUCUUGAUGAUUUUCAUCGUCUUAGUUCUCAUAUCGGUCUAUAUUGUCGCUCACAUCGCCUACAAAGAAGCAGAGUUCGAUGAAUCCUUACACAGGCCGUGCCAAAGAUGGAAUAAUGUUCAAAGCUGGUGGAUGGGCGUUCCUGCUCUAUCACCCUCACCCCAUCCUCCUAUAUAAUGCAAGUAUCUAUACCAUAUAACCAGAUGUACGAUAUUUCUCGGACAUCCGCAUGAAUAUUCAUUGCGAGUACCCGUAUGCUUUUUUUCAAGCAUAAUUGAAUUUUUGAGAAACGAGUGUAUUCAGUUACUCAAGAAUGAAUAUUCAGUUACUUG